ACAAGUAUCUCCUAUGACCAAAGGCCAUUUCACUACCAAAAGUUCUACUAUUCAAAAAAUUGAAGAUAAAUACUCAUUCAAACAUCAAAAGAAAUUCGCUCGAUCCAUUAAUGGAUUCUUCAUAUUUUCACUCCCAAAACUCUCAAUUCUUCCCGGGAUCAUCUUCUUCUUUCAAUUCCCUUGAUUCUUUCUCAUGUAACGUACAAAACUUCUACAGCGAACCCCUUCCUUUUAAUCAAAAUGAUUCCCAAGAAAUGCUUCUCUUAGGAGUCCCAAAUGAGCCCCCCAUCAACUCCUUUGAUACCUCUUCAUCCACCAAUACUAACUAUGACGAGGCAAGUUCUAGAGCUAAUUAUCAAGAGGAGCCACCCCAAGAAAUUGCUUAUAGAGGGGUUAGGAGGCGGCCUUGGGGCAAGUAUGCUGCCGAGAUAAGGGAUUCAACAAGAAAACAUGUGAGAGUUUGGUUAGGAACAUUUGAUACUGCCGAGGCCGCGGCCUUAGCUUAUGAUCAAGCUGCAUUUACAAUUAGAGGUUCAAUGGCCGUACUAAAUUUUCCUGUUCAAAAAGUUUAUGAGUCACUUCAACAAAUGGGCUAUGGUUUCCAAGAAGGGCAAUCGCCAAUUGUAGCAAUGAAAAAAAGACACUCAAUGAAUAGGAAAGCCGAGAGUAGGAAAAGGAAAGAGAAAGGAACGAGAAUUGGAAUGGAAAAUGUGGUGGUCCUGGAGGAUUUAGGGGCUGAUUACUUGGAAGAUCUUCUAACCAUUUCAGAGAGUGCUCGUCCUUCGUAAAUUAGCGUUUAACUUUUUUUCCUUCACUCACUCUUUUUUAUCUUCUUUUUUUUUUUCACUUUUAGUCUCUUAAAAGUGUUAAUUAAUUUGGAGGAGGGCCUGAGAAUUGAUCCUCCAAGUCUAUUUCUGAGCAAUGGGUAAUAUUAUUGCUAAACCAAUUGUGUCGAAUGUUUGUAUUUUUAGUUAUUUCACUUUAGUUUUUGAAGAUUACCACUUGUAUUUUAGAUAAUGCCUUUAUGUGCAUCUUUGUAAAAUUUGAAGAUAAUGAGAAGGGUUGAAGUUUUAAUUUUCAU